AUGCAAAUAGAAGGAGAUGAAGAUCAUAAUAUGGGUGAAGAGGAAGACGAAGAUGUUAAUAUAGAUCAUCAUAAUGAUGAUAACAAUCAUACUACUCAUAAUAAUAACAAUAACAAUGAAACAACUACAACACACCAAAUAGAUAAUAAUAAUAAUAAUAAUAAUAACAAUACUGAUAAUACUGAUAUAGCAAUUGGUACAAGUACAACUAGUACUUCUACUACAUCAACGACAAUUAGAAAUUCAAAUUAUAAUGAAGAAGAUGAAGAUGCAGAGGAGGAUCAAAUAAUUAAAGAAGAUGACGAGGAAGAAGAGGAACAACAAGUUGAAGCUGCUGUUGCUGCUACUGAGGAAGAAGAAGAAGAAGAGGAGGAAGAAGAAGACGAAGAAAUGGAAGAAGAUGAAGAAGAUGAAGAGGAAGAAGAUGGUGAAGAAGAGGAGGAAGAAGAAGAGGAAGAGGAAAGUCAAGCAGCAGAUGAAGAUGAAGAUGGAGAUUCAUCAGACAGUGACAAGGAAAGUAAAGCAGAAAAGGAAAAACAAUUACAAGCACAACAAGAACAAGAACAACAACAACAAGAACAACCAGUCAAAGAACCAUAUCGUAUGCCAGAGGACUAUUUAGUCCCCAUUCGAUUAGAGGUUCAAAAUGGUCUCUAUCGACUAUGGGAUCAGGUGCUAUGGAACAUCAAUGAAACACAAGUCACACCUGAACAAUUUGCAAAGGGAUUGUGUGCAGAUUUGGAUCUACCCGAUUGGUUUGAUCCACUAGUAGCAUCUGCCAUAAAUAAUCAAUUAAAUCGUCAUCGAGAUGUAAUGGAAAGACUCGAACAAGUUAUGGCUGGUAUUGGUUCAGAAAGAAUUAUUACCAUUGUUUUGGAUUUAACAGUAAAUGGAUUACAUCUUAGAGAUCAAUUUGAAUGGGAUAUAUUAUCAUCAACCAAUGUGGAAGCAUUUGCCAAAUCACUGUCAUUGGAUUUGGGAUUAUCAAGAGAGUUUGAAAAUUCUAUUAGUUUUACAAUGAGAGAACAGAUACAAUACCAAUAUGAAUUGUUGGCUACUCGAGCACUUCAACAAAGACCAAUGGUCACUGCACACACCAUCAUGAGAAAUGAACUUGAUGUCCAAAAUUGGAGUCCUUUUGUUCGACCAUUAUAUCCUAUUCCUCAUUUAAUAAAAAGACAAUAA